GCAACCUCGCUGGUCCGAGGCAGGGCCGGGCCCGGGGCGAGCGUUUGACCCGUAGCAGGACGGAAGGAGGAAAGGCCCGGGGGCUGGAGGAGCAGAGGCCGAGCCGGGUCCGGGCCUGGAGCUGAGGGAGGGGGCCGGGGGAGCGGCGGCUCUGAGGUGCCUCCCUCUUCGGGACCGGGCGGGGCCGAUGUGAGUCCGGAUGGAGCAGCCCUGGGGGAGGCUGAUCCGCCUGGGCGCUGCCGAGGGCGAGCCCCCGGUGCUGCUGCGGAAGAAGGAGUGUACCAUCGGGCGCAGGAAAGGUUGUGACCUUUCAUUUCCUGGCAACAAAUUGGUGUCUGGAGAUCACUGUAAAAUAGUGGUGGAUGAAGAAUCUGGUCAGGUUUCCCUAGAGGAUACCAGCACUAAUGGAACCGUAAUUAAUAAAGUGAGGAUCGUGAGGAAGCAGUCCUAUGCUUUACAGACUGGGGACGUCAUCUACGUGGUUUACAGGAAGAGCGAGCCAGAGCACAAUGUUGCAUAUCUCUAUGAAUCUUUGAAAGCAAAGCCAGGCAUAUCCCCAGAACUCAUUGAGGCUACUGGAGAAAAUGUGUGCGACGUGACCAAAGAUACCUCAGGGUCAGAAGGAAGCGAUGAUAGCCAGGUCAUGCCAUCCUUGCCCAAUGAUAAGUCUUGCUUUGAGGAACCACAGCCAUCUACAUCUACAUCAGACCUCUUUAAUACGUCCUCUACCUCUCUCCUGGAGUCUGCUGCUGCUGAGCGGGAGCGUCCUUCUAGACCUGGCGAAGCCAGGUGUGUAAGCACAUCACUUGAAGAUCAGUAUCAGUUUGUCACACGUGAUGGCACCUCCACCUUCUUGUCAGCUUCUCUGGACAAAGAGGGAAAGUCAGCUUUUCUGUCCAAACCUCAUGACUGGGAAGACGUGGGGCCUGCUAAGAAGAAAAUGAAAGGAGAUGGGGACAAUAAUCUGAGUCUUCAGUUGUUUGUCACAGACCAGUGUAAAAACAGCAGGGCCAUUCCUGAGGAAGUGAAAGCAGCAGACAUGAAACCAGACAAAAUGGAAGAAACUCUCACUUGUAUUAUUUGUCAGGAGUUACUACACGACUGUGUGAGUCUGCAGCCCUGCAUGCACACCUUCUGUGCCGCUUGCUAUUCAGGUUGGAUGGAACGGUCCUCUCUGUGCCCCACGUGCCGUUGUCCAGUUGAACGUAUAUGCAAAAACCACAUCCUGAACAACCUCGUGGAGGCCUACCUUAUCCAGCACCCAGAUAAGUGCCGUAAUGAAGAGGAUGUGCGUAGCAUGGAUGCCAGGAAUAAAAUCACGCAGGACAUGCUGCAGCCAAAAGUCCGAAGGUCCUUUUCGGAUGAAGAGGGAAGUUCUGAGGACCUGUUGGAACUGUCUGAUGUGGACAGUGAAUCUUCAGAUAUCAGCCAGCCAUACGUUGUCUGUCGACAGUGCCCUGGUUACAGGAGGCAGGCCAUGCAGCCUGUCCCCUGCCUGCUGCCCGAGGGUGAAGGAGGUGCUUUCGAGGCCCCUGGAGACGCCCCCUCCACGUCUGCCAGCUUUCCUGCGGCCACCCAGGACUAUGUGUGUCCCUCACAAGGAAGUCACGCCAUAUGCACUUGCUGUUUCCAGCCCAUGCCAGACCGACGAGCCGAGCGGGAGCAGAACCCGCACGUCGUUGCCCCACAGCAGUGCGCCGUGUGCGCACAGCCUUUCUGCCACCUGUACUGGGGCUGUACUCGGACGGGCUGCUCGGGCUGCCUGGCACCAUUCUGCGAGAUAAAUCUUGGUGAAAAAUGUUUAGACGGUGUACUAAACAACAACAACUAUGAAUCAGAUAUUCUAAAGAAUUACCUAGCAUCCCGGAACUUGACGUGGAAGAAUGUGUUAAAUGAAAGUCUGCUGGCUCUUCAGAGGGGACUGUUUCUCUUGUCAGAUUACAGAAUUACUGGAAACACUGUGCUGUGUUAUUGCUGUGGCCUACGCAACUUUCGAGAGCUGACAUACCAGUACAGACAAAAUAUCCCUGCUUCAGAAUUACCAGGGACUGUAACAUCUCGUCCUGAUUGCUACUGGGGGCGCAACUGCCGGACUCAGGUUAAAGCACACCACGCCAUUUUUACAGUGGACCUGAGCUCUCUUCAGCUUUGGCACCAAGCGCAGGGUCGAAAGAAUAGGAACUUGCAGAAAUGGAUGACUGCCUUGGACUUUCAGCCUGAAACCAGCUGGAAAUGGCUUAGACCCAUGUAAGACUGUGACCCACAGUCUAAGAAGCACCGAAGGAGUUGAAAUUCAAUCAUAUUUGCGAACAAACACGCUUCAAGAACUAAGCCCUGCAGUACUGAAAGUCUUGGAUAUUUGUAUGUAAAAACAAAAACAAAAAAAAAUUUUAAAACCUCAAAAACGGAAUAUAAAUGUUUUCAGGGCAUUUUUUAAGUUCCCUCCUGGAGGGGAGUUAGAUAUCUCUGCAUCAGGUACUGGUGUGAUUUUUUUUUUAUUUUUGUAGAGCUUUACACUUGAGUAAGACCUUUUUUAAGUAACCUGAGGAGCACUUCGUGGUGCCCAUCAGGCAUGCCGUUCCUGCAGCCUCGGCAGCAGCGACAGCAGACUGGAGGAUACGCUCAGGGCGGGCAGGAAUGGCACCCACGGUCAUGAGAUGUCCUGAGGCCGAGUGUUUGUUGUGCAUCAGGUUGGGUGAAAGCCAUUAUUGUCAAAGGAAAGAAUUUGCCACCAACCUCCCCAUCUGUCAAGAUGAGAGCCUCAUUUUGUUUUUUCUACCCUCACCAAAAUGGUUGUCAGAUCAGGAAUCCCUUUUUACCAAGAACUUCAUAUGGCAAAAAAGACAAAAAAUUAUCGAAUACACUGUUUUCUUGUUGCUUAAGAAAAAGAAGCAAAUGUUUACAGCCCAUAGGGCAUGCCUAGUGCUUUGCUGUAGAAAAAAGUUUGACUCAUAUACAUGUGUGCGCGUGAGCACGUGUGUUUUAGGUUAGUCAGUCUGGUGCUUUCAUUCCUUGUUAGAAUUAAAUCUCACAAGCGGCACAAAUAAUAUAAUGUAUCAUUUAUAAGCCAAUUAGAAGUUGGGAGGCUAUCCUGCGUAUAGGAGAUGCUCUGUGUGCGUCUGUAGGCCUUCGCAAUCACAUGGGAGACCAAACAGUGUCACUGGCACAGAUUCCCUCGUUAUUGUGCUGUGAUUCUGGUACUGCCCCUUUGGGUUGCCCCCUGGGGGAGGGACCACUUGGCAGAACAUAGCUGCUUUAUUAGGAGAAACAAAUGUUUGCCACAAGAGAGAGGGCCUUCCGCAUUGCUUAGGUUUGUUUGACAGCCAAAAACAAGAAUCCUAGUAUUUUCAGAAAUAUUUCUUUUUGGGGCAGCUAGGUGGUACAAUGGAUAGAGCACCAGGCCUAAAGUCAGGAGGACC